GCCGCCCACCCUGGGGGCAGGGCGCGCGCGCCGGGGAAGCGCCAUGACGGCGCAUGCUGUGCGGCGGCGCGGGCUCGGUUUCCACCGGCGCGCUGGCUGGGCCUUGCUGACCACGUGGGGUCUGCUGGCCCUGGUGGGGAUCCUCCGGAAGAGCGUCGGCUGCACAGGCUUUGUCGCCGCGGGCGCUCGCAGCGGCGGCUCAGCGAGGUCUGGCGCGACCCGGAGAGCGGCCGCUGGGAAGGUGACUACCACGGACAGCGAGGGCCGCCCCCGCUUCAGGGUCAGCGAGGCCGCGGCGGGCGAGGCGCCCGCCGAGGACGCGACGCCGACCUCACCGGCCGAGGACCUGUUCCGCGCGAGUGCGAGGAGGAAGAAGAGGCUGGGCGAGAUCCGGAACGAGCAGGACGAGAGGGAGGACGCCGCAGUGGAGGCCUUGAAGAAGGCCAUGACGUCGCGCGACAUAGAGGAGCUGGAGCUCGCCGUGAAGCAGGCGGAGGCGGCGGGCUUGAAGGCCUCUGAGACCCAGGACGCGAGGGCGAUCAUUGUACAGGAGAAGGGUGGCGGCCUCCUGUGGGUCAACCACGCGGGUCGGCGGUCCUUCGAGAUCGAGUGGGAGAAGGGUGACACCGUGGCAGACCUCAAGAAGGAGAUUGUCAGGGUGUCGAAGGUUCCCUUCGGCAUGCAGGUGCUGAAGUCUGGUGGUGCUGACCUGGGCGAGGACUUCAGAUAUUUGGAG